AUGGCUGGAAAGAAGGGUCAGGACAACAGCAAGAAAGUGGCCGGCCAGGCGCGCAAGGCCGACGCUGCGGCCCAGAAGGCUGCUGCCGAAGAGGCAAAGAAGGCCGCUGCCGAAGCCGCGGAUUGGGAUAAGGGAGCCAAGAGCAACGCUAAGAAUCUGGUGUUCGGUUCCACGUUACUGCCGAUUUUGUUUACCGCAGGCUCCGUGCCCUCGUGCGACAUCUCAUGGGUCCAUAUCUCGGCCCCUACAUUCCUUCGAAGUCUCGCUUUGCCCAUCGAGGCACCCUUACCCUUGUUCGCCUUGUGCACUAUCACAGUCCCUUGCGCGACUGCAAAUACGGGAGGGACACAUACGUUGGUUGGGUGGGGAGGGUCGAGGAGUCCGAUGGCGACGUGCGAAGUGCGCACAUUCGCACAGAUGGACUACGACAUUCGCGAUAAAGCUGACCCGAACAUUGGUACUGACUACAAGCUAUCUUACAGGGAGGCCGAAGCCGCGAAAAAGGCCGAGGCGGCGCGCAAGAAGGCAGAGAAGGAGGCACUUCUGAAGGAGGAAGAGAAGAACACCCCGGGGCGUACGCAACCCAAGAAUGCAAAGACGGCGGUCAAGAAGACAAGGGGCCUUGACCUGUCACAGCUGGACGACGACGGCAGUGGCCCUCUUGCGGCACUCAACGCAUCGGGUAUUGACAACGCUCUGGAUGCGUUGUCGUUGACCACAUCUUCAGCCGCCGACAAGAUUGACCGGCAUCCCGAGAGACGCUUCAAGGCAGCAUAUGCGGCGUUUGAGGAACGACGACUUGCAGAGAUGGAGCAGGACGGCAGUGGCCAAGGUUUGCGCCUGAACCAGAAGAAGGAGAAGAUCAAGAAGGAAUUCGAGAAACACCCCGACAACCCCUUCAACCAGGUGACUGCGCGUUACGACGCCUCCAGGGAAGAGUUGGCCCAGCUCAAGGAGCAGGAACGUACCAAGAUCGAGGCCCGACUUGGGUCCAGACGUUAAAGCUACCGAGCAAGUUCUUUGGCGCGGAUGUUUUGUUUCUCCGUCUGACGGCCACAUCAACAUCUUCCGGCUUUCGUACGGUUCCAUGCACUGGCCAAGGGCAGGGACGCUUGUAGCCGCGCCGGGUCUUUCCAUCUGCUCACCUGUUCAAGCUUAGCGGUCUUGCUUGCUUUACACGCAGACACAGCACGGAUUCGAGCACGUUGUAUUCACAACAGCAAACGGACUGGCCGUAAGGGUAUUUUUACAGUAUCCUCAUGAAAGAGGGUGUGCAAGGCGGUAGGGGUAUCGAUAAUGGACUCGGUAGU